CUCCGUCCUUGCCACCAGGAGCGGGCACCGCCGCGUCCAGGCUCCGUCUUCCCCGCCCCACCCGCGGGCUCCGCCUGCGCACCUCUUCCGUCUCGCCCCAGACACGCGGCCUUGGGGUCCUCCACAACCCACCCCACCCGGCCUCGGCACCGCCUCCGCGCGCACUAUUUUGGCGGCCGGCGCGCUCCGUAGCGGGGCCGGUGCGCGAGGUCGGAGGUCGCGAGGCGGGGCUGGCGCCGGUUGCCGCCGCCUCUGCCUCAGCGGCCGUCCUGCAGCCUCGUCCCGCGUUCCGCAUCCGUAUCCCGUGUCCAGCAUCCUCCUCUCGCGUCCCGCAUCCGCAUCCUGGUGCUGCGCGGGCCCAGGCUCCGAGGAUGGCCCUGAGCGAGGAGCCGGCGGCGGGCGCGCGGGAGGACGGCGCGGAGGAGGGGGCGCUGGCCCGCGGCGGGGUCCUGGAGGCGUUCGGCGACGGCGCGGAGACGCGCGAGCUGCUCGGCCGCCUGCGGGCAGUCCUCGGCGACCGCGCGGCCCGAGAGGGCGUCUUGGAGCGGUUCCGAGUAAUAAUGGACAAAUACCAGGAGCAGCCUCACCUGUUGGACCCACACCUUGAAUGGAUGAUGAACUUAUUGUUGGAUAUAGUGCAAGAUAAGACAUCUUCAGCUGACCUUGUACAUCUGGCUUUUAAAUUUCUUUACAUCAUCACCAAGGUUCGAGGAUAUAAAACAUUUCUUCGUUUAUUUCCUCAUGAAGUAGCUGAUGUGCAGCCUGUUUUAGAUAUGUUUACAAAUCAGAAUCCCAGAGACCAUGAAACUUGGGAGACUCGCUACAUGCUUUUGCUGUGGCUGUCCGUGACCUGCUUGAUCCCUUUCGACUUUUCACGCCUUGACGGGAACCUCCUCAGUCAGCCUGGGCAGAUUCGAAUGUCCAUAAUGGACCGAAUUCUCCAAAUAGCAGAGUCCUACUUGGUGGUCAGUGACAAGGCCCGAGAUGCAGCUGCCGUCCUCGUGUCCAAGUUUGUCACCCGGCCUGACGUCAAGCAGAAGAAGAUGGCGGAUUUCCUGGACUGGAGCCUGUGCACCUUGGCCCGCUCCUCCUUCCAGACCAUCGAAGGGGUCAUCACCAUGGACGGGACGCUGCAGGCCCUGGCACAAAUAUUUAAGCAUGGAAAACGUGAAGACUGUUUACCCUAUGCUGCCACCGUUCUCGAGUGCCUGGACGGCUGCAGGCUCCCCGACAGCAACCAGACCCUGCUCCGCAAACUCGGUGUGAAGCUCGUGCAGCGGCUGGGCCUGACCUUCCUGAAACCGAAGCUGGCGAAGUGGAGGUACCAGCGUGGCUGCCGCUCAUUGGCCGCUAACCUGCAGCUCUGUGCCCAGGGUCGAAGAGAGCCCCAGACACAUGCGGAGACUCCUGAUGGUGAUGCAGAUGAUGACGUCCCCGAGGAGGUGGAGCGUGUCAUAGAGCAGCUGCUGGUCGGAUUGAAGGACAAGGACACUGUCGUGCGGUGGUCUGCGGCCAAAGGCAUCGGUAGGAUGGCUGGGAGGCUUCCCAAGGAGCUGGCGGACGACGUGGUCGGGUCUGUGCUGGACUGCUUCAGUUUCCAGGAGACGGACAACGCUUGGCACGGCGGGUGUCUGGCGUUGGCGGAACUGGGCAGAAGAGGCCUGUUGCUCCCUUCUCGGCUUGUAGACGUUGUCGCUGUGAUCCUGAAGGCGCUGAUCUACGAGGAGAAGCGGGGUGCCUGCAGUGUGGGCGCCAAUGUCAGGGAUGCUGCCUGCUACGUGUGCUGGGCCUUUGCACGUGCCUACGAGCCGCAGGAGCUGAAGCCCUUCGUGGCCGAGAUUUCGAGUGCGCUGGUGAUUGCUGCAGUGUUCGACCGCAGUGUAACCUGCAGGAGAGCAGCCUCUGCUGCUUUCCAGGAGAAUGUGGGAAGACAGGGCACUUUCCCUCAUGGAAUUGAUAUUUUGACUGCUGCAGACUACUUUGCCGUUGGUAACAGAUCCAACUGUUUCCUGGUUAUCAGCAUGUUUAUUGCAGGCUUUCCUGAGUACACACGACCCAUGAUAGACCAUCUGGUUGCCAUGAAGAUCAACCACUGGGAUGGGGUCAUCAGAGAGCUCUCGGCGAAGGCGCUGUCUAACCUGGCCCAGCGAGCGCCUGAGUACAGUGCCACUCACGUCUUCCCACGUCUGCUGUCGAUGACGCAGAGUCUGGACCUGCACACGCGGCACGGGGCAGUGCUGGCCUGUGCGGAGGUUGCCCACAGCCUGUCCAGACUGGCAGUGCAGGAGGACAGGUUGUGCUUGACCUUCCACAGGCCCGUCGCGGACUACCUGGACGAAACAGUGGUGCAGGGCCUGAAGCAGAUUCACCAGCAGCUUUACGAUCGUCAGUUAUACAGGGGUCUGGGAGGAGAACUCAUGAGACAAGCAGUGUGCGUUUUAAUAGAAAACUUGUCCCUUUCCAAAAUGCCCUUCAGAGGUGAUGCUGUAAUCGAUGGUUGGCAGUGGCUGAUAAAUGACACUCUGAGGAAUCUCCAUCUUAUUUCAAGUCAUUCUAAACAACAGAUUAAGGAUGCGGCUGUCUUGGCCCUGGCCGCUCUCUGCAGUGAGUACUACACGAAGGAGCCUGGGGAGGUGGACCCCGCCCGGCAAGAGGAGCUGAUAACGCAGUAUCUUGCUGAACUUCAGAGCCCAGAGGAAAUGACCCGCUGUGGCUUCUCGCUGGCCUUGGGCGCCCUUCCCGGCUUCCUUCUGAGGGGCAGGCUCCAACAGGUUCUAGCUGGUUUAAGCGCCGUCACCCGCAUUUCUCCCGAGGAUGUCAGCUUUGCCGAGUCCCGGCGGGAUGCCUUGAAGGCGAUUUCGAGGGUCUGCCAGACUGUCGGUGUGAAAGCAGGAGGGAGCCCGGAUGAAGUUGUGUGUGAAGAGAAUGUUGCCCAGAUUUUCCGCACGCUGCUGGACUGUCUGAGGGAUUACACCACUGAUAGCCGCGGGGACGUGGGGGCGUGGGUCCGUGAGGCCGCCAUGACCAGUCUGAUGGACCUGACACUUCUGCUGGGGAGGGACCAGCCAGAGCUGCUCGAGGCCCAAGUCUGUGAGCGUGUCAUGUGCUGCCUGGCCCAGCAGGCAAGCGAGAAGAUCGACCGGGUCCGGGCACAUGCUGCCCGCAUGUUCAUGGCACUGCUGCACGCCGACGGCCCUCCCAUCCCGCACCUGCCCCACCGUGGAGACCUGCAGGAGCUCUUUCCCAGGUCUGACAUGGCCUCCGUGAACUGGAACGCUCCAUCCCAGGCUUUCCCUCGCAUAACCCGGCUCCUGGGGCUACCCGCCUACCGCUACCACGUCCUGCUGGGGCUGGCUGUGUCCGUGGGAGGCUUGACGGAGUCCACGGUCCGGUACUCGACGCAGAGUCUCUUUGAGUACAUGAAGGGGAUUCAGCACGACCCGCAGGCCCUGGAGGGCUUUGGGGGGACCCUUCUGCAGGUCUUUGAGGACAACCUUCUCAAUGACAGGGUCUCUGUGCCGCUGCUGAAGACACUGGACCAGAUGCUGGCCAAUGGGUGCUUUGACGUCUUCACCUUGGAGGAGAACCAUCCCUUCUGUGUGAAGCUGCUGGCGCUGUGUAGGGAAGAAAUCCGGAAGUCCAGAGACGUGCAGAAGCUGCGCUCCAGCAUCGGGGUGUUCUGUGGGAUGGUGCAGUUCCCAGGUGAGGUGAGGAGGAAGGCUCUCCUGCAGCUGCUCCUCCUGCUCUGCCACCCGUUCCCCAUGAUCCGGAAGACCACGGCCAGCCAGGUAUACGAGAUGGUGCUGACCUAUGGUGACGUCGUGGGCGCGGGCGUCCUGGAUGAGGUCAUGGCAGUGCUCAGCAGCACGGCCUGGGAUGCGGAGCUCCCACUCGUGCGAGGCCAGCGGAACCGCCUGUGCGACCUGCUUGGAGUGCCCAGACCACAGCUGGUCCCCAAGGUUCCAAAGCUUCCGAUUCCUCCAACGUCCUUGUCCUUGGUGCCCUUGAUGUGGGCGUCCCUGUGUCCUCCUCGGAGCGUCUGUGUCUGGCAGCUUUUUCAGCUGGAACCCAUGGUGAUGCUGGAGCCCAGCACCCACUGAGGCCAGUCCUGGGGGCGGAGCCCUGAGGCCACCUGGCGGGAAGAGGAGCCAGGUGACGGUCAGCACGAAAAACCUGGGCACAGUGUCUCGGCCAGCGGAGGGCGGCCCAGGCUGGUGCAUAUGCCGAGGGACUUUGUCACCAUGGAGGCAGCUUCACACACGUGUCCUGCGCUCGAGUGACCUGGGGUGUUGGUGCUUUUAUCUUGACUUAAUCACGAGCCCAUGUCUUGUAAAAUCUUAUAAAAUCGUGUCUUGAGCA